GUCAGAGAAAUCGCCGGCGUGAUAAAGGCUCUCACUCAGGGAAGUCCUGAAGUGCAAGAGUCGGCGCUUAGAGAGUACUUUUUGCCCAAUGCCUCCUUCUCCCAUCCGUACUGUCAUGUGCCGUCCAUCUCAAAGGGCACGAUCCCUUUGGCUGGUGGUCUUGAUUCUAUUUGGUUGAUACUUGGUAUCUACCGGUGGUAUCGCACUCUAAGUCCGCAUAUUGACAUCAAGGUUGAUUCAGCUGUCUUUGACCAAAAAAGCGGUCUUCUCUACGUCUCCCUUCGCCAAACAUUUGCGGUCUGGUUCAUACCGCUCUACAAAGCACCUGUACGACUGGUGUCGGUCCUCCAACUCACCCAACUCGUCAAGCCACGCCGGCAGAAGCCCAAGUACUUCAUCGCAAGCCAAGAGGACCUGUAUCCUGUCAACGACUGCAUUCAAUUCAUCCUUCCAGGCCUUGGCCCCUUCCUUUGGACUCUAUGGCAACUAUACAGCACAUGGCUAUGCGUUGUGGCAUCACUGAUAUUCCUACCGGUUUACUUUCUCCUCAACGGUACACCGUCGUCAAAGACAAAGAGAAAGACACCCAAGUUUUGAUUCGGUGUAUUGGACGGCGUUUUGGCAAGGUACACGACGGGAUGUCUGAUGACAUGAUUAACGACAGGGUCUGGAGGAAUCUAGAUAUGAUUUGUUGCUGGAGGAACGCGGGCGCUUCUGUUUCACGUAUGAUUGCGACGAGAUGAUUGUCUUUGAGCGGGCGUUUGUCUCACGUAUGUAACUGGGUAAAAUCUUCACUCGGAAAUAUCACCAUGUGAAUUUGAG